UAUGUAUGUAUGUAUGUGAUGUGUAGUGUAGUUCCUACAAAUUCAGACCUUCGUCUUCAGUUCAGUUCCUCCCUUAAUAAUAUAACAAUGUAACGUUCAAAUUCGACUCCAAUCUCAAUCUUGCAUUCUCUUUCCUCUCAUUUUCCCCUUUCCCCUCUUCCUCGCAACAACCUAACACUCUCUUUUCACGCCAUCAAUGGCUGUCGAUUCCUCCGCUCAGAGAGAACAUCAAGUUCGGGAGUUUGUGGACGGGAAUGGAAAUGUCGCUGUCGGUUUGAAGUUACAUAAUAAACCAGAGAUUCCACCUAUACUGUUUGAAGAUUCUUCCCUUCCAGCUGGAUUGCACAGUUCACAUGCUCGAGAUGUUUAUAGUAUUUCCGUGUUGCCUGAGGAAGAUGAAAGCGAAAACUGUGCUUCACCACUAGCUUUCUUAAGCAUCUUAGAGGUUUCUAAUCAAGCUAAAAGUCCAAUGUGCUUAGAUUCUUCCAUAAAUUGCCAAAACUGCAUUGAUUUUCAAAUGAAGAAUGAUGAUGUGUAUUCCCAGUGCUCGAUUGAUAUUCCUUGUGUGAAUGGAAAUUCAGUUUUUCCUGAAUCUUAUGAAGAGACAGUCGAAUGUUUUAAAACUGGAAACUCACCGACUAGUGUACUUUGGAGAGAAUCAAGUUUCAAAGGAGGAAAACUUAUGCAGAGUCUGGUGAAUGUCACCAAUCCAAGAGAUAAACCAAUCUCUGAGAAGCUACAUGAUUUACCUAGUAACAGAUGGAGAAGAUAUAAACGUGCUGCCUCAUUUGAUUCCAGAAAAGUUGCUCUUCUGUUUUCAAUAUUGUCAAGUUUCGGAACAUUGGUGUUGAUAUAUCUGACGUUGAGACUUAGGCAGAGAGCUGAUGGCUUUGCUCUUAUUUGAAGUUCCAAUAUUUGACACCCACUGUUUUUAGAUUUCCAAGCUUCUAUGGUUUUGUGUAGUUUAAACUUGCCCCUUGAUUUGUAAUAGAGCUGCUUGUGAUGUUGAAGUUUAGAAUCUAGGAAAGUUUAUUUGGCACAAAAUAUAGUGGCGCUUGUCUUUAAAGUCUAUUUUAUUUAGUGACGUGUCUUCCAAAUCAUCAGUACAAUCUAAAGAUUAAGCCAGGAGAGCCAAACAAAGACCAUCAAUUGGAAAGGUGCCAAAAAAGUUCGUGUAAAUGGUGUGAAGAUGCAGGGAAUGAACGUUGCGGAGUGUUGUGACUUGUGAUCAUAUUUUCUUCAUUCUUCAGGGUCAACUAUGGAAGCCGGAAAGACAGAAUAACGGAUCCCAUUGUAUUUAUGUUUAUAGUUCCAAAAGACUACUGAACUUUGUCUGGAUUGAACAGAUUUACAUUAAAUCAAUUUUGACAGGUCCAGUUAGUUUCUGCAAUAAA